AUGAAUACGUGGGUGGUGCUUCUGCUGGCGUUGGUGGUGUCAGCUGAAGAGAACCCCCCGGGGCUGGUCAGCAAGGAUACGGAGCAGGAUCUAGUCGCAGAGGCCACACAAAACGGAGCACAGUCCCAGAAGCGAGAGGCUGGCUUAUCAAACUCCUACGGUGAACCGCUUCCCCCAGACGCCUACGGACCCCCCUUGAACAUACCUAAUAUAGUUCCAGAUUUACCGUUUCCAGCACCAGUCUACGGGGUACCAGAAACCACCAUCUUCUUAGAAACACCUCCAGGGGCUUAUGGGCCACCUCAACCUGUUGUCUUCCCUAGCCAGAAAUAUGAAGGUCCACCGCCGCCCAUCGGCAAACCAAAACCUUCCUACGGCCCGCCAAAGUUCCACCCACCGAAGCAAUCUUACGGCCCGCCAAAACCCAUAUAUGGUCCACCGAAAAAGACGUAUGGGCCACCAAAACAAGUACUUCCAAAACCAAAUUACGGCGCGCCAUUUAAGCCACCGAAGAUAUCCUUCCCAAAACAAGGGUACGGUGUUCCGAAACCGAUUUACGGAGCCCCGAAACCUGUGUAUGGCCCUCCCAAGACUAAUUAUGGACCACCGCAGCUGAACCAAAACAUACAUUUUGAUCUGCCACAUAACUUUGGUAAUUUCGGGGGCGGUAUCGGAUCAGUUGGUCCGAUAAGCAGUAUUGGUACAAACUUCGGCAGCCUCGAAACUAGUGUUGGCACCAGUAUUGGGACAAAUCUGGACUUGGGAUUGAACUUACCAGCUCCAAUUUAUGGUACACCGAUAACUAGCCUACCCGGGAAUCUGAAACCUAAAUUCCCUGUACCUUCGGACCAUUACGGCCCACCGGGACAUCAUUUAGGGCCAAUUGGUCCAAACGACCAAGUUGUUGUGCAAGAUUUUGAAAGUAUAGGUCAUUAUGGACCUCCACAGCCUGAUCCCAACCCUAGACCCCCUCAUCCUGGUAUUCCAGCUCCACCGACGCCUCCUCAUGUGUUGUAUGAUGGAUGGAAACCUAUUCCAGGGGUAUCAAAAGCUAUUGAAGGUAUUGGACAUCUAGAAACGUUAGAUCAGUACGGACCGCCACCACCUCUUCCACCUAAUAUCCAGGAAGUGACAAUAAACCUUGACGGACACUCGUUGCCUAAUUUAGACCAGCCUCAAUUCUCAGGUGCUCAAAUAACUACUGGUUACUCCAAUGUUCAUCAAGAUGCUUUAGCGAAUAUAGAUUUGAAUGCUAUAGUCGGAGGUGAUUCUAACCACAUCGAUCAAUCGAAGACAGUUUUCGAAGCGCAUUAUACAGAAAAUAAUAACAAUCCUCACGGUGACAUAGCCUUUAUACAAACUGGUAUACAGGAAAAGCCACACAACCUUGAGUCUUACGGACCUCCGCCUUUAGAAUCAUUUUCAAAUGGCCCAUAUCCACCAUCUCAUAGACAGCAGGGAGCGAAAGGUUUGAUACCACCAUCUGGUAUAUACGGAGUUCCUCCAGGGAGUCAAUAUGGGGCUCCUCCGAAACCGUUGCCAGCUAACCUUCCAAUUCCGUACGGCACAUUUUCCGGAGGAGGUCACUCGAUCCAUACAGGCGGUCAUAAUCCUCGACAUCCGAUAAAAUUCAGAGAAUCCGUCCCUGAAGGUUUGAUUCAGCAAAUAGGGCAUAUAUCACAUCAUAAGGAUACUCAUGCUAUCGAUCACAUCAAAACUGGUCCAGCAUACUUACCUCCACCUAUAAGAGAUAUUAAAGAAAUCAACCAUCAAGGCAAUCAUGGAUUUAACGGAAUAUCACUAUCUAUAGAACCCUCGAAUUUGUAUAGUCUUCCUCAUGCAGGACAAUCAAUAAGCUUCCAACAAAUACAACAGGCACCACAGCCUAGCAAUUUAUACGGUUCUCCCAUAGAUUCCUAUGCAGCACCACUACUAACUGUUGGAGAUCAUACUGCCUCUGGGUCAACUAGCAAUGCUGUAGCUGCUACUUUGGAUGGAAUGAUCUUAGCUAACCUAUCGAAUUUAGAAGCUGCCGCUAUACUGAAACACUGUCCAUAUCAUGAGGCAAUUUUGAAAGCUGCUAAAUCGGGUGAGAAAAUUCCCGCAGAACUAGCAUCCAGAUAUGUGGCAAGUUUAAAUAGUUUAGGUUCAACAUUCCAUAAACAUCAACAUCUAUUAUCACAAAAUGAUUUUAAUGCAGCAUCAGGUAGUGAUUCAUUUAACUACAAUUCUAAUAAAGAUUUAGCAACAGCCUCUCAUACUUUAGUAGAAACUGUGCUGCCAAAUCAAAUUGAGAACGAGAAAACAGUAAAAGCGAGUGCACAGAAAGGUAAAUCUAUACAAGAUAUAAAAGAUCGAUACAAACAAAACUCAAUAUCAGAUCAAAUAUAUCAAACGUCGGAGAAAAUAAAGAAUUUGAGCGCGGAAACUAAGUUACUACAGCAGAAAAUUGUAACGGCGAGUCAGAAUUUGAAUCAAGUGAAUGGUCAGAUACAAUUUGCACAAAAUAAACCACCUCAGGGUAACCAAGCGACAUAUUCUGUACAAAUUCAAUCUUCUGAAACUGGAAGCAAAGAUGCACCUUCAAUUCCACACGAACAACUGCUGUCCGAAGGUCUGCUACAAAGCAUUUUACAAGCUAUAGAACAACCUCACAUAUACGCGCAUACGCAACAAAGCAAUAGUUUGAACUACCAAACAUCAGGGUUCGGAGAUUCCGAUGACGGAUUAGUUUUACCAGCCGGAUACGAACCUGUAGAUCGAACUAAGACCAACAACCAAAAAGAUCAAGACGUGCAAGUUUCUAGUACCGAAAUUAAAGAGGUUCACCACCACAGAGGCGAUAUACCCAGCGAUUGUGAUUUAAGAGCAGACAAUUCUAUAACGCAUACGAUCGUUGUGCCCGCACCUAAUAAUUUCGAAAAUGUACCACCAGUGGAAGAUGUGGAAGACAAUGAUGUUGCGGUGUACUUCGGUGAUAAUGCAAAAGAGAGUUCGGAAAAGCAAGAACCGGUGACAGAAAUAUCAGUAGCUACAUCUAUCAGUGAAGACGAUGAACACUAUGACAAAGCGCCAGAGUUCGGUGAUAAGAUUAAGAAGACGUGAGCUGUAGAAUUAGGCCUGGCUGAAUAUUGGGUACUAUCGGUUAAGCAAUUAAAGCAAUGCCAAUACCACGAGAUAAUAAAUGUUAAUGCUGACCUCACUUACGCAGCGGUGUUCGCUGUAGCCUUGUAUGUAGUCCAGGAUUCGAAACCCACUCGUGUGUAAUCUGGUAUUUGAACAACCGUCAAAAAAAAGCGACAGUAGCCAAUGUAGCACGCCGUAGGAUAGUUUCUAGUCUUAUUUAAACAGUGCGACUGAUAAAGGCGCGG